CGGCGUUUCCUGCUGACGGAGCCGAGGCACCGAGGUUAUGGGCAGCCAGGAGGUUCUGGGCCAGGCGGCCCGACUGGCUUCCUCCGGUCUCCUCCUGCAGGUGUUGUUUCGAGUGAUCACCUUUUUCUUGAAUGCAUUUAUUCUUCGCUUCCUGUCAAAGGAAAUUGUUGGCAUAGUGAAUGUAAGAUUAACACUGCUUUACUCCACUAUCACCUUCCUGGCCAGAGAGGCCUUCCGCAGAGCUUGUCUGAGUGGAAGUGCCCAGCGGGAUUGGAGCCAGACCCUCAAUCUUCUGUGGCUAACAGUCCCCCUGGGUGUGUUUUGGUCAUUAUUCCUGGGCUGGGUCUGGUUGCAGUUGCUUGAAGUGCCCAGUCCUGAUGUGGUCCCCCACUAUGGAACUGGAGUGGUACUGUUUGGUCUCUCAGCAGUGGUGGAACUUCUCGGAGAGCCCUUCUGGGUCUUGGCACAAGCACAUAUUUUUGUCAAACUCAAGGUGAUUGCUGAGAGUCUGUCAGUAAUCCUCAGGAGUGUCCUGAUAGCUUUUCUUGUGCUAUGGUUGCCUCACUGGGGAUUGUGCAUUUUUUCUUUGGCCCAGCUUUUCUAUACUUCAGUUCUGGUGCUCUGCUAUGUUGUUUACUUCACAAAGUUACUAAGUUCUCCAGAAUCAACCAAGCAAUACACUCUUCCUGUCUCCAGAAUAACAGAUCUGUUACCUAAUUUUACCAGAAGCAGAGAUUUUGUAAAUUGGAAAGAGGCUAAAUUAACUUGGAGUUUUUUCAAACAGUCUUUCUUGAAACAGAUUUUGACAGAAGGCGAGAGAUAUGUGAUGACAUUUUUGAAUGUAUUAAAUUUCGGUGAUCAGGGUGUAUACGACAUAGUGAAUAAUCUUGGGUCCCUUGUGGCCAGGUUAAUCUUUCAGCCAAUAGAGGAGAGUUUUUAUGUAUUCUUUGCUAAGGUGCUGGAGAGGGAAAAGGAUGCCACACUUCAGAGGCAGGAGGACUUUGCUGUGGCUGCUGCAGUUUUGGAGUCCUUGCUCAAGCUGGCCCUGCUGGCUGGCCUGACCAUCACUGUUUUUGGCUUUGCCUAUUCUCAGCUGGCUCUGGAUAUCUAUGGAGGGGCCAUGCUUAGCUCAGGAUCAGGUCCUGUUUUGCUGCGCACCUAUUGUCUCUACGUCCUCCUGCUCGCCAUCAAUGGAGUAACUGAGUGUUUCACGUUUGCUGCCAUGAGUAAAAAGGAAGUUGACAGGUACAAUUUCACAAUGCUGGCACUGUCAUUCUCAUUCCUGGCGUUGUCCUAUCUCCUGACCCGUUGGUUUGGCAGCGUGGGCUUCAUCUUGGCCAAUUGCUUUAACAUGGGCAUUCGGAUCACACAGAGCCUUUGCUUCAUCUAUCACUACUAUCAAGGGAGCCCACACAGGCCCCUGGCUGGCCUGCACCUGUCUCCAGUCCUUCUUGGGGCAUUUGUCCUCAGCGGUGUGAUUACUGGUGUUUCAGAGGUGUUCCUGUGCUGUGAUCAGGGCUGGCCCGCCAGGCUGGCACACAUCACUGUGGGGGCCUUCAGCUUAGGACUGACAAUUGGGACAGCAUUCGUCACAGAGUCUAAGCUGAUCCAUUUUCUCAGGACUCAGUUUGAAGUAUCCAAACUUGCUGACAAAAUGACAUGACUUCAAGAGUGCCUUGACAACUGUGGCACCUGUACCCACUUGAAGCAGUUCUUGGGUGGAACACAUUACUAUGCAGAAGCCUUGCUGAGGGGUUUCCAGGGGAGUGAGAGCCACCCAGAGGCGAGACCAUGGAUGAAACACCCGUCCACUUGAAGUCUUAAAUGCGAAGGAGGAGUUUCAUGUUUAAGUGAAGACCAAACAGCCCUUUUAAAAUAGAUGUACUUUUUUUUUCAUUAUUUUGUUCUAAUCAACACUUUUUUUUUUAAUGAAUGUAUUUGUUCCUAUAGAGCGUGAUUGACCUUUGUAGCUACAUGCUCCAACAAACUUUAUCUUAGAUGUUACUAGUGAAUAAUGAUCUGGCCAAGAAAAAGAGAUGCAGCUAUUUGUCCCUCACAGGAAUAUUUAGAUUCUUCUGUAAAAGAAGGAAGGAAACCUGAUACUAUGCACCAAACAAGAACAGAGUGUGGCCUGGGAGUUGUGGCUUUCCUCAUGUCAACGUUGUGGUCUGAGUUUUUAGAGAAGGAAAAAUGUUACUAAACAAGAAACCUCAGAAAUGCAAAUGUGAAGCUUUUUGGAUCGCAUUUCCUAGAGUGAGUGUGGAAGAAUCUUGCUUGUCAUGCUUUUAUUCCCCAGGCCAGCUUGUGCCUUCCCCAGUUGGGUCCUUAGGAAUUGUUGAUUAGAAGGUGGGUGGAAGCUAGCUAAAGAUGCCAAGUCUGACCACCUGAAAAGGGGGGACUUUAAAGGUUUGAAAUUACUCCACUGUAAGCUAUUUUGUCUCCUGAAGGGAAUGCUACUUAGCAGUUUUCUGUAACUUUGCACAUGGAAAUUGAUGAAGAAAUUUGCAUAAAUGUCUCUUUUUAUCCUCAGAAUAAAAUAGGAUAAACUCUAUAUGGAAAAUAUCACCAAGUCAAGCCCUUCUCACUGACCUAUUAUUUCCAGCACUGGUCAGUGAAAUUCCAGCACCAGGACAGAGUGGCAGGCCUGAGGGAGUGAGCCUCCUGGCUACCACAUGAACCCAGGCUCCCUACACCCUGUAUGUGCAGGUAAAAUUGUCAAGCAUUGUUCUGGGGUUGUAAAGCAUUUUUAUUUUACCAUUAAUGUAUUAAUUCCUUUUAUAUCUGAGUUCCCUUUGGAGGUACAUGCAUAAACUAUGUCUUGAAUGUUAAUAGUAAUCCUCUGACCUAAUGUCUCCAGAGCUUCAGUGUUUACCCCCAGAGAGGAUCAGUAAAGGCAACUGGUAUUGUGUAUUAAAAUGCAUGCAUUUAAACCUACUUGCUUGGACCUAGUACCAAGGGGGCUGAGAAUCAAGACCCAUCAGCCCACCAAGAUUGGGGCCCAGUCACAUUGAUACAUUUUUAUGUUUCCCCUCUAACUUGAGAGAAGAAUAGCCAAAUGCAAGGUGUACUAAGCAGUAGAGGCCCUCCAAAAGUGUGAUCUUGGUAGGGUAGGAUCAGUCUAACUCAGAGAAAAGGAUUGUCUCCAGUGCACGGAAACAGGCCUUCAGUUCACACAAACUCCUUCUGCUGCUGACCAUUCCACUCUGCACUUCCCCAGAACCCUACCACCCACCAUGCUCACUUGACAGACACAAAGCAUAGUCUUCUAGCCAUGUGCCUUAGAGUCUUCUGGAUUACAGAAUGGAAAUGUAGGUUCCCAGACCUUGCAAUGCUGAGGUCUUUGGGUACAAGACUAUCUCCACUCAGGUGGAGAGAGAGGCUCUGUGUUUGACAGCAGGGCUCAUUCCCUCACCUCUUCCCGUGUUAUCCACCAGGUGCUGCAGUUGGGGCCUGCUCCUCUUGACAGAUGACCAGCUGGAACAUCAGCUCAGAUUCCUGUUAAGUCCUACUUCCCUGUUUCUAGGACAAGUAAUGCUGUGUGUGAUAGUCAGCUUUCUAAGACUGCAACAGAAUACCUGAAAAAAUCAAGUUAGAGGAGCAAAGAUUUAUUUUGACUCACAGUUUCAGAAGUUUCAGUCCAUGAUUGGCUGACCCAUUGCUAUGGCCCUGUGAAGUAGAGCAUCAUGGCAGAGCAUUUGUAGUGGAGCAGAGCUUCUCACCUCAUGGCAGCCAAGAAGCAGGUAGGGGAAGGGACUAGAGACAAGAUAUACCUUUCUAGAGCCUGCCUCCAGUGACCUACUUCUUCCAACUUGGCCCCAUCACCUACAGUUUCUACCACCUCCCAAUAGUCAAUUCAGUUAUAAACCAACUAAUGGAUUAAUCCAUUAAUGAGAUAGAGCCCUCAUGAUCCAGUCAAUUCCCCAAAGCCCACCUCUGAACAUUGCUGCAUUGGGGAUCAAGCCUUCAACACAUGAACCUUUGGGGAACAUUCCAGAUUCAAACUAUUAUACCCUGACUGCUUGUUUUCCUGCUAGCACCUGCCUCUUAGGCUGUCGGCACUUUGGCCAAAGACCGUCCAAAGAUCUCCACCCUGUCAAUGCCUCACUGAAGCCCAGGUGAACCUAACCAUGACCUCUGGUAGUUUCUGUUACUCCCUAUCCCAGAGCCACCUGUUAACCUCAGGUCACUUGAAUACAUGUGGACCAGGCUGCCUCACUUCACCCAAGAAGGAUUUGGGGGGAAUCACACAUUUGACAUUAAGUACCACCUAAAAUAUAGUGAAGCUACUUCUACAAAGAAACAAGUCUCUAAGGCAUGUCCUUUUUAUGACAGGAAGAAGCCUUCAGUGGUAAGAAUAACACUAUUGCUGACUUCCUGUGUUCUCUGCACACGAGUUGAUUGCUUCAGACUUGGGCUGGGGGUCCCUUGGUGAGGGACGCUGCUGUGCUUUGUAAUGCUCACUGCAUAGUGACUCCUAGCUCUGGAGGUGCCAUCCACUCGGCCCUGUUUGAUGCUACUUCCAAACCUAAUCCAAGCACUGUACUUCUUUCCUUCUAUCUUUUUUUCUUUUAAUCAUGUAUUUAUGUUGCUGGUUUUAUGUCAGUCCCUGGUUUAAAAAGGAAUAAAUUAUUUUCUUCA